AUGGCGGCCGGCGAGCCCGAUCCUCAGUCACGAUUUGGCCAGUCGGUGAAGGGGCUGCUCACCGAGAAGGUGAAUGCCUGCGGUACCGACGUUAUCGCUUUCACCAAGCAGGUGCUGAAGGGCUCACAGAGCUCUGAGCUGCUGGGUCAGGCAGCUCGAAACAUGGUAUUGCAGGAAGAUGCCAUCUUGCACUCAGAAGAUAGUUUAAGGAAAAUGGCGAUUAUAACAACUCAUCUUCGGUAUCAGCAAGAAGCUAUUCAGAAGAAUGUCGAGCUGUCUUCAAAUCUACCGGACCAGCUGAGGCAUUUGCUGAAAUGAAAUGGCAUCUUAAAGGCCCAAAAGCACAUUUCUCAAAG